AUGGGUCUUAAACAGCAUAGCCACAAGUGCAGGCGCCUCUCUCUGCAGAAGAGUGCAGAAACUGCAUUAUUAACAUUUUUCAUAUUAAUCACGUGUCCAGUUACUCACGUUGAAGCACAGCUUCCCAGCAGCUACUCCAACCUGCGCUGCUUCAGGUCAGUCAACAUCACUGGACCCUGUGUCCCUCUCACAUCCAGGUUGUGCUUGAGUUCCACACUUCCGUUCUCCCACACAUCUACGAGCCUGGCCGGGGAUUCGCAGACAUUGGACGAUGUUUAUGAGAAACUACGGUUGUGGAGCGGAUUACAAAAUAUUCCUCAGUGCUGGUCUGUCGUGCAGCCAUUUCUGUGUUCUGUUUAUUUGCCAAGAUGUUUAAUUCCCCCCCCCCCCUACAAAUGUUUAAUAUCCAUUCAAAUUAACACAGAUUCACCUGACUUUAAAUAUAGACUACACACAACCGGCCGAUGUGAGCCACCCCUUGUGCGGACUGAUGACCCAGGUAGCUGGUAUAAUGGAGUGGAUGGCUGUGGUGUACCCUGCGAUAACCCACUGUUCACUCCAGAGCAGCACAGAGAGGUCCACAAUUUUGUGGCAGUCUUUGGGUCCCUAUGUUUGGUGUGCACCCUUUUCACUGUGCUGACCUUCAUCAUCGACUGGAAGAAUGCCAACCGCUACCCCUCCUUGAUCCUCUUCUUCAUCAAUGCCUGCUUUUUCCUGGGUAGCAUUGGCUGGCUAUCACAGUUUGUGGGCAACGCUAGGAAAGAUAUUGUGUGCAGGAGAGAUGGCACUGUGAGGAGGGGAGAGCCACAUUUAGGGUCUAAUGAAAGCAUCUCCUGCACUGUUGUCUUUGUGAUUGUCUAUUACUUCUUGGUGGCUGGUGUCUCCUGGUUUGUCAUGCUAGCCUUUGCUUGGUACUUGACCUUCACUGCCCUGGGUACACCAAGAGAUGCUCUCAAGUCCAAAACUGCUUACUUUCAUCUCAUCAGCUGGUGCUUGCCACUAGUUCUCACCAUCAUUUGUUUGGCAAUAUCAGAGAUUGAUGGGGAUUCAGUGAGUGGUAUCUGCUUUGUGGGUGUAUUCAACCAUGGCAUUAGAGCCCUGUUUGUACUCGUGCCAGUUGGGUUGGUAAUUGUAAUCGGAACAUUCUUCUUAUUGAGGGGUGUGAACACACUAAUCAAGAUAAAGAAAGACGCUCCAGCCUUCAUCCCCGAGAAAACAUUUUCUAAGAUCAGGGAUACAAUUCUUCGUCUAGGUAUCUUCACUGCUGUGGCCUUGAUAUUCGUCUUCAUCACUUUUGCAGUGCAUGUUUACAUUUUUGCUAACGAAAGCCGGUGGAAAGCCAGCUUCCGGGAUUACAUGUACUGUAUAGCCAAUGUCUCUGUCACAGCCACUAGUGGAGAUGCUCGCUCCGUGUGCGUGAUUGAAGACCGGCCUAGUUUAAUUGCCAUGGAGAUACAUAUCUUUGCCUUCUUUGGGGCCGGGAUUGCUAUGAGCUCCUGGUCAUGGACUCAUGCUUCAUUUUCUGCAUGGGAAAGGUUCUUUAGAUGGAUUUUCCACAAGCCAUCCAACAAGCCAGUCAAAUUAAAGCGCCAUCGUAUGAUUGCACAAGCUUUUGAGAAAAGGAAGGAAAUCAACCAGGGUCGGGUUUCUAUCAGCUAUCGUAGCUCCCAUGAUGAUCCUCUGGGCAUGAAAUUUGAUUUGAACAGUGGCAGUGACGAUGAGCUGUCAUCUAAUUUUGCUAUGGCCAUGCCGAAGUUGGUAUGUCGGAGAGGUGGCCUUAUUUAUCCUGGAGCCGGGAUGGGCCGUCGAUAUUCAGAUUCAGAUAUUGCCUCAGUGGUAUCCACUCGAAGGGUUUCUUUGGAGUCCCAGCUGAUGGAAUUCCGGGAGCAGCAGUUCUAUUUCAUUGAUCAUAACAACUCGCCCAUUGAUGGCCGGGGACGUGGCAGAAAGAAGAUGAAGAAAAAGAAAAGGAACAGGUUGAACAGAAUCAGACAAAAUGUAGGUCCAGUGUUCUCCGGAAUGAGACUAGGAGGUGGCCGAUUUGGUAAACACCGGAAAGGAAGUGAUUCUUCGGUGAUGAGUCAGAUGUCGGCUCAAAGCGUUCGGUUCUCAGUAGAGAGAAAUAGUAUUGAAACCACAUCACUAGCGUCAAAUAUUCCUGCAGAUAUUGUUCUACCAGCUGUAACCAGGAGAAGUGCCAAUGAUGGGCCAUUGACGAAAACUUCUUCUAGAAUUGUGCCAUAUUUAGAUUUGAGCCCAAGCAAGAAAGCAACUGAUUUUUCCAUCUUUAGUGCCAAAAGCAGCAGUGUUCACUCAGGGAUGGGUGCAGCAGACGGCCAAGGGGGUGUAGCAGAGACAAGUAUUGGGAUGGAAUCUCAUCCUAGUUUGCCCGGAGCACCUGAAGAAUCUCACCCUGAGAUGGUGUCUCCACAAAAGCAUCACAGUCAGCAGCAGAAGCAUCAUUUUUAUCCGUUUCAUCCUCCGAAGAAUGAAGCUUACACUCAGCCAAAUGGACAUCCAUCAUCAUCCCAUCAUCAACAACAACAGCAGAAAAGAAUGUCUUCAAAAACUAAACAGCAGACGCAGAGAGUCACGGUGGAAACUCAUUUAGAGGAAGGCAUUCUUCCACUGCACGCUUUAAUGGCUGACAUUUCCGGUGGAAACUGGGGUGUGCUUCUAGGCAAAAGCGGAUCCAGUUCAGGAUCCGAUGCAGGUGGCAGAGCAGGUGGACAUAGCGCCUACAUGGGCGGUGGGAAUGCAUACACGAGAACUGUUAGUCCUUUCAUAAACAUACCACAGAUGUCACAUAUGGGUGGGUAUAACCCUUAUAUGGCUGGAGCCACACAGGGGAAUUACCCAUACAUGAAUGGUAUAGGGGAUCCAUAUAUGAAUGGUUUAGCAGAUCCAGGGCCUUACAUGGGAGUGACCAGUAUGCAAAUGGCAGGGGCUAAACCCAAAGUCAAAGGUCAGUGGGGGCACUUCCCAUACUAUGCCUCAGAUCAGUACAAGCCUUCUUACAGUGAACGAAAUCAGGAAAGGAGGAUGGAUAGGGAAAGACGAAGAGAGCGGGAGAUGAGAAGGCCUAAUCAGGCAUUUUUCAAUCAUACUUUUCAUGUUCAGGAUGAUGAUAUUGAAUCAAUCUCAGCCUAA